CGGGGUCCUCAGGUUGGCGCCGGCGGCUGAGCCCGCAGCGCACAGUCCUGCGACGUUCGAGCGUCGCGUCGGUUCUGGCUCCCGGCAGCCACACGAGUCCCCGGUCCCUGCGCAGCAUGGCGCCCCCCCAGACCCUCGCGUUCGGGCUUCUGCUCGCGGUGGCCACGGCGACGGUGGCCGCGGCUCAGAAAGACUGUGUCUGUGACAACUACAAGCUGACAACAGGUUGCUUCAUGAAUGAAAGGGGUGAAUGCCAGUGUAAUUCCUUUGGUACACAGAAUACUGUCAUUUGCUCCAAGUUGGCAUCUAAGUGUUUGGUGAUGAAGGCAGAAAUGACUCACAGCAAGUCUGGGAGGAGAUUGAAACCUGAGGGAGCAAUCCAGAAUAAUGACGGGCUAUACGAUCCCGAGUGUGAUGAGACAGGGCUCUUUAAAGCCAAGCAGUGCAAUGGCACUGCCACGUGCUGGUGUGUGAACACGGCGGGCGUCCGAAGGACUGACAAGGACACAGAAAUAACUUGCUCUGAACGAGUGAGGACCUACUGGAUCAUCAUUGAAACAAAACACAAAGAAAGAGAAAAUCCUUUUGAUCUUCAAAGUUUGCAGAGUGCACUUCAGAAUACCUUCUUUUCUCGAUACAAACUGGAUAAAAAAUUUAUCAAAAAUAUUCUGUAUGAGAAUAAUGUUAUCACUAUUGAUCUGAUGCAAAAUUCUUCUCAAAAAACGGAAGAUGAUGUGGACAUAGCUGAUGUGGCUUAUUAUUUUGAAAAAGAUGUUAAAGGUGAAUCUCUGUUCCAGUCUUCUAACACAAUGAACUUGAGAGUGAAUGGAGAACCACUAGAUCUGGAUCCUGGUCAAACUCUAAUUUACUAUGUUGAUGAAAAACCACCUGAAUUUUCAAUGCAGGGCCUGACAGCUGGUAUCAUUGCAGUUAUUGUGGUGGUAGUAAUAGCAAUUAUUGCUGGAAUUGUUGUGCUGGUUCUUUCUACAAAGAAGAAAACGGCAAAGUAUGAGAAGGCUGAGAUAAAGGAGAUGGGUGAGAUACAUAGGGAACUCAAUGCUUAACUACUGUAAUUUGAGGACUGAACUACAAGAAGGGGAAUUAUCAAAUGAACCCAGAUUGCAAAUGUAUGAACAUGGGACAAAAAAGAAGAUCUUGAAAGGGUUACUGUUUUGUUAGUUGAUAUUAUGUAUUUGUAACAGUGAAAUUUGUACUUGUAAACAUAAGCAUCUUGAACUGGCAUUACCAACCUUAAAAUCUGACAAAUGUCUCAUAUAUGCAGGUCUCAUAUAAAACCCAGAACUUAGACUGCAUAAAGUAAUUGAUGCUUAACACUGAAGAGUGUGCAUUCCAUAUUACACUAGAGUGUGAUGACCCAACCCCAUUUUAUGAUUGAAAGUUGCUUUUCUGUAUACCUUGAGUCUUGUACAUAACCUUUUUUUAAUGAAAUAAAACAUUUUUAAACUGA